GUUUAUCCCUCUUUCUUCAUCACAUUUUCACGGCAAUGAAGAGUAGUGAAAAUUAAAUUUAAAAAACUUUUAAUUCUAGUUUCUUGCAAAACUCUUCGGUCAGUUAGUUACCAGUGAAAUUUUUCAUUAGGGUGCUUAACCGCGGAAGUGACCGGAUAAACGAAAAAGAUCCAAUAAUGUUAAGCUUGCACAAGUUCUACCGAAACGUUGGAUUUUGUAUAUUCAAACGGAAUUUUAGUGCCCCAGUGGCACCGUUUGCGUCGCACGUUAGUCCCGACGACGGUAAGGCUGAUGAACCUCAGAUGGCCGAUAGUUCAAACGUGGGUCGAGGUAAAAAGCCAACUGUGAAAGCCGCGAGUACCGCGCAGGCAGCCAAAAAUCCUAUAGUUGCGGCAGCUUUUGCUUCGUUGCUACAGGAAGACCGUCCUCAAGGUGCUUCAACAAGUGGUACCGGUUCUAGUGAAAUAGAUGAAAUAAUAAUUAACGCAAAAACAGUGAAUGAUCUGCUGAAAAUUCCAAGUCAAUCCAAAAUAUCAAGGAAACAGGCAUUAAAGAUCGUUUCCAUCCUGGCAGAAUGGAGCUCUAUACAGAAAGUAGUAUUAACGGACUUUGAAAACGACAGCCGCUUCUUGCAACUCUGCAACGUGCUGGGCAGGACAAACAACCGAAAUAAUGGAUCCAAGGUGCAGAUUCGACCCGCAAUGGCCAGUUCGUUACAAGUAGACGAUUUACAGACCGUUCUGGGUGUGACUGCAAACGAUGAGGCAGCUAAGCUGAUUGCCGGGCUAACGAUGCCUCAAAUGAUCAAGGUGAUGUCCUCAUUGGCGCAGAAGAAGAAGCGCAGCACUCCACUGUUGCGCUCGCUUGCGUUCAAUAUAAGCAGCAAUACUAAUAAACUAAACCUCAAAGAGUGCGGCGAUCUGUUGUACGCUAUGGCCAGUUUGAACUUCCGAGAUCCUGUACUUACAGCACGAAUUUGCGUUGACGUAGAAUCGGAACUAGCUAGCAACAAAGACAAACCAGCUCCCAUUGGAUCGAUUCUGACUAGUUUGAGCAUGUUAAGAUACCGAGACACUACGAUGCUGGAUUUACUGUCCGAUUGGAUUAUUGUCAAUCGAGAAAUAUGCAAAACAUCUCAAAUCAGUUCAUUGUUAAUGUCCCUCGCUACCUUAAACUAUGAACCAACCAACAUGGACGCCAUUAAGGCAAACCUCAUCAACACCCUGUCGGAAAGUGAUUUUAUCAAACCGCUGGACUGGUUGAAUACGGUGUGGUCACUGGCCGUACUGAAUUGCGUUUCCGCUCACCAUCUAUCAUCGGUGCUGAAUCCGACCUUCAUAGCAACCCUAGAAAAUGACCAAAACGGUGAGCUGUCUCCUGCCAUCAAAAUGAAGCUACUGAAUUUGAACGCCUGUGCCAGGCUUGAACUGGAAUCUGAUAAAGUGGGCAUCCCGGGUGGAGUGAACUUGCAAGAUCCGAAGUUUUUCGUUCCUAUCGAUGCAUCUAAGGAAAAGCGGAUACUUAUCGCGGGUAUGCUGGACGCGCUCAAAAGCCUACUUCCGUCGGAGAACCACGUUCGGAUUAAUCGAAGGACGUCGAUGGGUUUUGCUGUUGAUGCCGAGUGCGUGCUGGACACGAAAUGUUUACCGUUAGCUGUUGACAAAGAUCAUCCUGGCGCGAAGAGGAUUGCCUUGCUUGUUCAUGAUUACCACGACAUGUGCCAAGGGCCCAACCCGUCUCUGAAUGGCGUGCAUUCCCUUGCCUGUCGUUUGUUGGAGAAAAGUGGCUACUCCGUACUAUCCAUCCCCUACAAUGAGUUCAAUACAAGUGAUAAGUUGCUGAAACGAGUUGAGUAUUUGCAAAAAAUGUUCAAAGCUAUCGUUAGUGAAAAGCCUUAGUUGUACGAAACACAAACGGUUUUUAAUUGAUUCCCAAAAUUAUGUAUAGAGUUCUGGCUGUAUAGAAAACAAUAAAUUACACCCUCACCAA